GGCUGAGGGUAGGUGGGAAGCAAACCCAGACGCAUCGCAGCAGCAGCCUCUGCCAGUUCCUCCAGAGACAUGGAUCCCCAGACAGCAUCUUCUCGGGCGCUCCUGCUCCUGCUCUUCUUCUUGCACCUGGCUCUCCUGGAUGGUCGUUCCCACCCGUUGGGCAGCCCCACUUUGCCCUCAGACUUGGAAAUGUCCAGGUUACAGGAGCAGCAAGGCCAUUUGCAGGACAAACUCUUGGAGCUGCAGGCAGAGCAGACAUCCUUGGAGCCUCUCCAGCAGAGCCCUCAUCCCACAGCUGUCUGGAAAGCCCGGGAGGCAGCCACAGAGGGCAUUUUUGGGCUCCGCAAACUGGUCCUCUCCACUCUGUGGGGACCACGAAGUCUCAAGCCAAUGCGAGACACUGGCUGCUUUGGGCGGAGGAUGGACCGGAUCAGCUUCUCCAGUGGCCUGGGCUGUAAAAGGCUGAGGUGGCAGUAAGAGGAAGUCCUGGCUGCAGCUACCGGCUUCUGAUUCCACAAAGGGCUCUUUCCUCAACCCUGCGACCACCUUUGAAGUGACUCCUAUUUAUUUUUAUGUAUUUAUGUAUUUAUUUGACUGUUUUAUAUAAGAUGGUUUCUUAACUUUGAGCACAAAAUUUCUAUGGUGAAAUAAAGUCAACAUUAUAAGCUUU